AGGUACAAGUCAAAGAGGAAGACGAAGAACCCUUUCCCGUAGAAGAACCAUUUUAACCUAUCAGAGAAGUGAAGAAACUCCGUAGGAAUGGGAGGACGAGUGGUCCACUUCGCGAACCUCCCGAUCAAGCUUCUGAUGCCGACGAAGCUCACAAACAUUCACGAGUUCGCGCUGAAAACGAUCCCAUCCGCGACCAAGAUCGAGAUCAAGAGAGUCCUGGAGUCUCUCUACGGGUUCGAGAUCGAGAAGGUGAACACUCUGAACAUGGACGGGAAGAAGAAGAAGCGCGGCGGGCUGCUGAUAGCCAAGGCUGACUACAAGAAGGCUUACGUCACGCUCAAACACCCUCUGUCGAUCUCAAAUGAUAUGUUCCCGGUGAAGUAUAUCGAGGAAGAUAGGAAGAGUAAAGUGAAAGGAUCUAGCUUUGUGGAGGAGGAAGGUGAUAAGAAGAGUCAUUGGCUUGAUCAGAAGGAGAAGAGGGAGAUCGGCGGUUAUGGUGGUGGUAAAGCUCGUCGCGGCGGUGGUGGUGGGAGAGUGAAUUCGCCGGCGAGAGGUGAGGCGGAGGCGGAGGCGGGGGCGAAGUUUCCGUGGAGUAAUAUGAGGUUUGGUGGAAAGUAAGGGGUUUUUCGGUGAUUCCAGUUAGGGUUUAUGACCAAACUGGUUUUGUGUUUCAUUUAGCUGUCGGAUUAUUAUUAUGGACUUUUGUUUCUGUGGCUUUGGCAAAUAAAGUCUUGAUCUCUUUCUCUACGUAAUGAUGAUUAUGAAACACAUUGGCUAUGAUAUGA